AUGAAGAGGUCCCGCGAGGCCGGCGGCGCCGCCACCGACGCCUCCGACCGGGCGGAGAAGCGGCGCCAGUUGGACGGCCUGCUGGCCCAGAUUCGCGAGCAGGACGCCCUCAUUACCCGUCUCAAGGCCGACCGCGGCUGGCUCACCGGCACUGAAGCCCCCGACGCUAGGCCCGACGCCGUGGCCAAGACCUGGCAGAGGAUCCAUUCCCAGCUGACCUCGGGAUGCCUCAAGCCGGCCCAGGCGACCGCACAGCGCCCGGCGCAGGCGCGUGGCGACCAGCAGGAGAUGCGCCCGCUGUGGAAGAAGUGCGAGACCAUCCUGAACAACAUCAGGCGGCACAGGCUGGCGGGGCCGUUCCUGCACCCCGUGGACCCCGUGCGGGCCCAGGUGCCAGACUACUACAACGUGAUCAAGCACCCCAUGGACCUGGGGACCGUGGGCGAGCGCCUGGAGCUGCGUGGGCGCGGCGGGCAGCGGGGGUACGCCUCGCCGCUGGAGUUCAGGGACGACAUGCGCCUUGUGUGGGCCAACUGCCGCGAGUACAACCCACCGGGGCACGUCUGCCGCAAAAUGGGCGACCAGAUGUCAGUGCUGUGGGAGAGCCGGUGGCUGGCCUCAGGGGUCGAGGCACGUCUGAGGGAGGCCGCUGGACAGUGCCAACACACAAGCGAACCUCGCCAGGCGCCUCCACAGGGGCCUGGUUCAGGUCCAGACUCAUCUGCAGAGAACCACAUUCCCCCCAAGAAGAGGUCGAAGGCCGCCAUGGCUUCCCUGCUGCAGAAGGUCCCAGCCUCGGCGGCUUCCACCCCACAACCAAGACCGAAAUCUGCUGUCAAGAAAGACAAUGUCCAGGCCAAACCCAAAGCCGCCAGUAGGCAAAGGAAGCUGCAAGAGGCAUCGCGGCCAGCUAUGAAGCCCAGACAGCAUCCUGCAGUGCCAACAGCAAGAGGAACAACCGGUUGCGCUCUGGAAGCUGGAUCUGGCGCUGCCGAUCGCCCUUUGUCCCUGCAGGAGUUUGUGUCGCUUGACAAAGAGCUGCAGAAGCUGAGGGCUGUCCUGCUGAAGGGGAAUGCAGAGGACAAGGGCGGUUUUGGCCAGCUCAGGAGGCUGUCUGCUGAGAUUGGCUGCUCCAGUGAAGCCGCCCUGUGCCAAAUAUGGGAUGCCAUAUCUAGGGACCCUGCUGCCACUUCAAGCCCAGAAGGCGACCUCACCCUCGAUGUGCUAGCUCCCAAGACUGUGGAGAAACUCGCUGGUGUUCUGCGCAAAAACUCAGGACAUGCAAGAUCGGGACCGGGGACUGGGACAGGCACAGCAUCAAGACUGCAGAGGUGCAGCAACGAGAACCAGUGA